GCGGCUUUUCAUUUUAAGUAUUCCGGCGUUCACAAUGCUUCAAUUCACAAUAGAAAUAUAUGCAGAUCUUCGCAUAUUUACAUUUUAGGCGUGACACACUGAAUUACAUGUCGACCUCUACAAUCAUAUGUAUAGUUCCAUGGAUUUUGCUCUACUCUUCUUCUCAGCUUUUAUCGCUGAAAGCAGAUAAAUGCGUAUGGCCUCAAACAUGCGGAGGUCUCACAUUCCCCUACCCCUUCCGAUUGGGCAAAGACACCUGUGGUUUGCCUGGUUUUGAAAUCGUUUGCAAAAGAAAAUCGAGUUCUGACCCUGGAAUCCCUUACCUUCCAACCCUUUCGGGAGAAGUAAAAAUCAAACAUAUCACUUACGAGCACCUGCUGGUUGAGGCCACUAGCUUGUAUGCUUCUCCAUGCAGGAAAGAGGUUAACGUUACAAAUGCUACAACGUUCAACCUUUAUGACAAAGGGCCUUUCUGGAUUUCUGGGCUUAAUAAGUUAUUUGCUGUUGGUUGUAACACCUCUGCCCAAUUUCAGAUGCAUAUGGGCAGUACGUCCCAAGAAACGCAUUAUUGGGGCUCCUGCACAUCUAAGUGCGGCUAUUCUUCAACACUCUAUGGCAGGCAACUGCCCUCAUGCAAAGAGAAUGGGUGUUGUCAAAUGGCGGUUCCUGGUGGUUACACAAGAAUUAGCCUCGCCGCACGAUUCCACUCUUUCUAUGGAUCGAACAAUUGUAGCAAUUCAGCUUCCGCUAUAGUCGAUAAAGAUAGCUGGGAUUCGAUUUCUAAUUCAACAUCGUUCAAAGCUACGGAGGAUUUUUCAUUGAGGGUGUCCUGGGCUAUUCUGAAUGACACGUGCGUCUCGGCUCAAAGAAAGAGUUCACGCCAGUGUUCUCCAAACGCGGAGUGUGAAAAUAGGAUUUGGGGUUAUGUUUGCAAGUGUAAGGCUGGCUAUGACGGAGAUGGAUACAGCAGCGGCACGGGAUGCAAAGAAACUAAAAAAUGCACAGGUUUCAGUUGCUUUGUAACUUUAUCAAUAAUCUCAGGGGUAUUUGGGACAUUCAUUGUUGCGCUACUCUGCGGUGGCACUCUCUUCUGGAUUUUGAAGCUAAGAAAAUCAAAGCGUGACAAGGAAAGGAACUUCAAAAAGAACGGAGGUGAUCAUUUGCAAAAAAUAAUUUCAUCACGAGGAGGAGUAGAAGGCGUGAAGCUUUUCUCUUUGAACGAGAUCGAGAAAGCCACCAAUAAGUUCUCUCAAAAUUUGAUCCUGGGAUCUGGUGGCUACGGAACCGUUUACAAAGGCACUCUCAGUAAUGGACUUGUGGUGGCUGUCAAGAGGUCAAAGCAAGUCGAUUCCAGACAAAUCGACCAGUUUAUCAAUGAAGUUUGUAUUUUGAGCCAAAUUAAUCACAGAAAUGUGGUUAAGUUACUAGGCUGCUGCCUGGAAACUUCGGUUCCUCUGUUGGUUUAUGAAUACAUUUCAAAUGGAACAUUGUUCGAUCAUCUGCACGGCAACAAGCAAAAUUGGCAGCAAAUUCCAUGGGAGAAACGCCUGUGCAUAGCCACUGAGACAGCAGAAGCUUUGUCAUACUUGCACUCUGCAGCGUCGAUACCGAUUGUUCACAGAGAUGUUAAAUCUUCAAACAUUCUUCUGGAUAAUGAUUAUAUUCCAAAAGUUGCAGACUUCGGAGUGUCUCGUCUGGUGCCGAUGGGGCAAACGCACAUUACUACAGUUGUGCAUGGAACUCUGGGUUAUUUGGAUCCUGAAUACGUUCAGACAGUUCAGCUUACAGAGAAAAGUGAUGUCUACAGCUUUGGGGUUGUUUUGGCAGAGCUUUUGACGGGGCUAAGACCUGUUUCUUAUGACAGGAUGGACAACCACAGCAACCUGGCCAUAUAUUUCCUCUCCACUAUAAAUACGACGGGCGUCGGGGAAAUCAUAGAUCCUCGUCUUGAUGUGAAAGAAGGUAAAAACAGGGAGUCGAUGAGAAGAGUGGCGGCGCUAGCGAAAGAAUGCCUUAGCGUUGAAGGGGAGAAGAGACCUUCGAUGAAAGAGGUGGUUCAGGAACUGCUUUGGAGUAAAGGAGGCGAAAGACAGCAUGACUGGCUAAAUAAUAGUGUAGCAGACAACCCGGAAGAAAUGGUGGGGCUGAUUGUUGGUGAGGAAGAAAGAAGCAAGGGAAUUAGGGCCGCUUAUUCAAUCCCAGGGCAGUGUAGUUCCUCGUUUAGCAUCGAAGGGGUCGGAGUUGGAAUUCGAUGGGGUCGAUAAGGUGUGUCGCUGGCCAUUAUCUUCAUGUCUGAUAUAAAGACACGUGUCUCAUUCAAUACUAGGUAUCGUGUACCCUCUUAUCUAACCAAUCAAUCUGUAUGUUGAAUGAUUAAACACAUGUUUUGACUAUUUACCUUCAACGUUUAUUAUAACUGCAAUGUAAAAAAUGCUUUUGCUUGUGAUGGCCAAAAGGAUAAUGUUUUCAUUAUAA